GAGCUGCUUGUUGUGGAAACAGUUUGUUAUUCUACAGUUACUGGUUGCAUUAACCGUGAGUUUGGACGAAACGAAAAUUUACACAUGAAUUUCGACAUUAUUCAUAUUUCACAAUCAGGAACGAGUCAAUCUGAGUUGUACAGGGUUUUAUCAUCAGAGGGAAUUCGUGCUGCAGAAGUCAAGACUGGUGUUUUGCUGUACUUGAGUAGAAAAGAACGCUGUCCAUUGCAAUGCAACCACAGGUCUGCAGAACUAGCUGCAUGUCUCCAUGCUGCAGGCGGUUACGUAGUGCAUCACACAGGCGACACCAUUCUGGCUGAGUGGGUGGAGGAGAACGUGCAGAUGAGUGACACCAUAUCUCAUGUUCUCCAAUGUGCUUUCACAACUCUGAAAGUGGAAAAACUCCGAACAUUAUCAGCUGGGGAGUUCACCAAAAUUACAAUAGGAGAUAAAUUUUGUGCUGUCAUUGGCCCGGCUGUGGAAGAGAUACGAUCGAUUCAGGCGCGGAUGCAGAAUGGCGACAUCAUUCUGUGCCCUGAAGCAUGGCGACAGUGCGACAGACAAAACCUUACUGUCAAAAAUAUUGAAAAUAAAGAAGCUGUCAAGGUGCGAUGCAGCACGGAACAGCAAAGUAUCUCAGUGGAUGACCUGCACCAUUACAACACUGACAUUCAUAUGACGAAAAACCCAAUAACAUACCUAAUAACACAUAAGGAGAGAGAAGCCUUCAUCUGUCACUUUAUGAUUCAAACAGCCCAUAACAAGAUACAAGCAAAUCAGCAACGGGAAGCCCCCAAUCCUGGCCUGCCAGAGGUAUGGCCUACCACCAUCAUGUUCGUGUAUCUGCAAUUCGUGCUGACUCAGACGGAUCUGAGAUUCGGUCGUCAAGAAGUCAGCGAAACUAUUGCAGAGCAGAUGUUCAGGUGCCGUGGGAAAAUCUGCAAUGUCUUCUUUUUUGAAGAGGGCUGUAUGUUUGUGUGUGCCGUUGGCUUACCUGAGGAUAAGAGACAGGAUAAGACUGCUCAAGCAGUGCAGGCUGCCUUCCGGAUACAUGAGACAUGCCACCAACAAAUCGACAGUGUUUCGAGUAUCUCUAUAGGCGUAGCUACAGGAAGAGUCAAGUACAAGUUUGAGCAGAGCCCUUUGAGAGAAUGUUGCAGAGUGUAUGGAGAGAAAGUGCAUGAGGCUGCAUUGCUGUCGAGGAAUAACCCAGGGGUUGUGUCAUGUGAUGAGCCAACCCGACACUACUCCUUGCUGCCUCUUUCAACCUUUAGGCCUCUAAAGUGGUCUGUGUUUGUUCUUGAACCUGGAUUGUCAUCUAGUGAGAUGGACAGCAGGCGAUUGGCUUUCGCUAACAAGCAGACAAUGCUGGAUGAAGAGUGGGAGGUGGUGAAAUGUGCCUCUGUUAUUGGACACUUCAACGAUAACAACUUCAACUUUGAGCUGCUGAAGAUCACGCUGCCUUGUAUGAAUGAACCGGAGCUCAUAAUCCACCUGAGAUCAUUGUUUAGAGCGGGCGUCUUCAAGUGUGCCUCAGAGCCCAGGAACGUCUCAUCAACCAAGACCUGUUACUGCGAGAACAGCUGCGAAGAGUACAUUUGGUUCUCAAUGGAUCCUGUGUGGACGUGUCGGCAGAUGAGUUUCUGCAACAAGGAUGUAAUGGAGAUAGUAUAUAUGGAUGUAAAAAAGUGUGAGUGGCGAUUCCGUUUGAUCCACGAGUACUGGGCCCAGUUCCUGGAGGAAAAGGCCUACCGCUGCAGCAAGUGCGGUGCCAGGAGUUUCCUGUUCGGAGAGGAAGUAGCCACAGAUGACAAUAACGAGCAACUCCAGGAGAUCUACAAGGCAAUACAGCAUUAUGAGGUCUUUCGUAGCCAAGGCAUUCACUCUCGAAAUCAGGCGUGCCCAACUGAAGGAAAUGGUAAUGAUACAGAGAACUUCCUGGCCAAGGUGAAGUCAGUACUGACGGAAGCGUGUGAUAGGACGACUGCAGGCAGCUGCGAGUGUGCUCAGCUAAUGGAGACAGUACUCAUCACUAGAAUGAGACACUGGAGGCUUGCAGGAGACGUGCCCAGGACAUUUCACUACCUGCUGGAGAGUGCAGCUGCCUGUGUAUAUCUUCAGAAUGAUGAUGGGGCGUUGGAGUAUUUGACUGAGACCAGGUCCAUUCUGGAAAAUUUAAAAGAAGGGAAGCCUGCAUUUCCGUCAGCCUAUCCUGAAAACGCGCAAAUCGGUGAAUUUCAGCCAGCAUUUAUGCAUCGGCUCACAGGAGAGAUUCUGUUUAAAGCAGGGAAAAUUCUGGAGGCAGAGGAGAGUUUUAAGAACGCCUUGAAGAUCCUGAACUGCAAACUGCCUCGCAGUUCUGUUGCACAAUCCUUUAAGCUCAUAUACGAGAAGCUGAAGAAACUCCAUUACCGGUCCAAACAGUUCCAGAUCCCAGAGAAAAGAAAGAUAGACCAUCUGCAGGAAUGCAUCAAUUGUCUGUCUUUCCUGUGGAAAAUCGAUUGCAUGCGUGGCCGGCUCAGGAGUGCAUCGCUGGCCAUCACCAUGGAAAUCAAUCUUGCCAUCCAGAGCACCGAUCCGUUCAAGAUCCUCUACUCCGCCAUCAACUAUCUCCAGUACAGUCAGUUUAUAGGCGAGAAGAGCGAGUGCAAGCGUCUCGAAGCCUUCCUGUGCAGGACUUGUGCCGGCCUGUCAGACCACCCUGAGGGACGGAGGCUGAUCAGCCACUUGACUCGAACCCUUGCCGUCGUUAAAAUGUGCACAGGGGACCUGGAGCAGUCCAUCGAGUGCACUAUUCGAGCUCAGCAGCUGGGUGAAGUCCAGAACAGACCCGGUUUGGACAUGAGGACCACAGCUGCAUUACAUCUGCCUCUGCUCCUCACUGACAGAUACAGCGAGAGUGUGCAGCAGAUCCAGACUCUGAGCAGAGAAAUGUCAAGCAGUAUAGAUAAGGGCUGGUUUUAUGCUGCCUGCAUGAACUUCUUGCUGUAUGCUGGAUUUGUAUUCAGACCAUUCGAGGAGUGUUUGGCUUUUGUGGAAGAAUCUCGGUCAGAUGCUAACCUAGAAGCUGAUAAGAGUCUGAUGCUGCAUCUUUACUCUGUAGUGGCUCUGUGGUAUGCACGGCUGGAAAACUGGGAGAUGUUUGCAGUCUUCUUUGAUAAUGCGUAUAAAGUGUACACUCGGAUUCCAACCUCCAUUGAGUCCAUCAGUGGUGGGGUCAUUCUCCUAGAGUGCAGCAUCCUACUCUUCAGGAAAGAACUGACUGAUUGCAACCGUCAAAGAAGGAUUACCCUUAAAAAAUCACAAAAGCUCUUUACAGACUUCACACAACGUUUUGGAAAAAGUCACAUCUUCAGCCCUCGUGUGUUGCACCUGAAUGCUUACCUGCACCAGCUGACUGGAAGGGAAACACUAGCGCAGGACCUCUUCAAGGAAGCUCUGGUGCUGUGUGAGGAACAGGGCAACCUUUUAGAACAGAACUGGAUCAGGCAGAGCCAGGUUGACUGCUCUGGUGCAUGCAGCCACACUCCAGCAGAGUGGUCUACAGCUGUUCUGAGCAUGCCCAGAUGGGACAAAGCAGCAAAACUACAGCCUGAGGAGCUGCUUAACUAUCGCUUAACUAUCGCUAACUAACUUCCACUUGAGAGGUUACACGGCGUUCCCAUAUUUUGUAAAAACUUGCAGGUAGUCUAAUGUGACAUGAAAAUACAAAUUGGACAUAAAACAGUGAAACCGAACCCAAAUCUGUGUCUGUCAUUAUGAAAUAUAUGGCGUGAUCUGCAACACGUUUAAUCAUGAAACACUAAAAGACAACCGGAAUAACGUGCAAACAAAAGAGAAGGAUGUAUGUGUGUUUAGUUACCGUCUUACUGUGUGGCCACAUCAUCUGUCAUCAUGCAGCAUCAAGAUAUCACCAUCACAGAAAAGUGUUUAUACUCACCUGAUACUGCCCCCUGUGAAAGUAAAUAAUACAGUGUGAAGAUUUCAUGCAUGAAGUCAAAUGUGAAUUGUUUCAUGUGAAAAUGUGAAAGUAACUGUUACUCUGGUUAAAACACAGCUGAUGUGUGUCUUAAUAAAAAAGAGGAAAACUAGACAACAAUCAGUCAUCACACACAGUAAAUCUGUAGAAUGUAGCAUUGUGCUAAUAUACCGCUAAGGAAUAUAUAUAUAUAUAUAAUAUAUAAUAUACCCUUAAGGAACAGAAAUAUCUUGUGAUUUAUUGGAAAAUACUAUUUUCUGAUAAACGCAUGUAUUUACCAAUAUACAGUAUGUCAGUAUAUGUGCAUUUCCCCCUGUGUAUUUUAAAUCUAAAACAACAGAGAGAAACGUAAUGUUAGAUAAAAAUAUUUAGGAGUCACACCUUAUGAAAAUAAUCCAAAAAGGUGAAAUGGUUCUUGGAUAUUCGCACAAAAGACCCCUGUUUAAUCCAGAGGAAUCCUGGGAAAUUUGGUGAUUUUAUUGCUGUAUGAUUUUGAAUAAGAUUCUGAUGGAGUCUGGCAGUGGUGUCUGAAAAUGCUUUUUUCCUUUCUAUUUCAUCCCUGGAUUCAAAUGUAAUAUAUGUGAUAAGUUUAUAAAAUAUCAGCCGCUA